AACUGUCUGGGAGGAUUGGAUUGUGGUUGAAGUUCAUGGUUUCUUUUGAGUUGAAUGAACCCGUAUCGAGAGCUUCCACACAAUGUCCAAAUUACAACAACGUUUCAGGGAACUCAUAGAAGGUUCAGAGUGGAAAGAGCUUGAAGAUUUGCUUCUCAACACAGAAGAGGAAUGGGAUUUUGGAAGUGAGUUUUUGCGGUUUCGCAAGUCUAAGAUAAUUGAGCGGAAGUUGAUGGGUUCAGAUGGACCUAAAUGGAUAGGAGGUAUGCUGACUUCUCUUAAAUGUGGCACCAGGGAGAGUACAUCCUUGCGAAUUAAGAUUUAUGAAAAUGCAUUAAAGCAUGCAAGGAAUGAGGUAGGAAACAACCGUGGCACUGGAGAAAUAGUCGGUGUUCUCAUGUUACACAUUGAUGCUUUCCCACCAGAUGCUGUAUUAACAUUAAUUGAUCAAUAUGUGGAGUACAUUCAGAAAGGAGAAACUCUUCAAGGAAGGUGGUUGUCUGUAUUUCCAAAGCUGAUAAUGAAUUUGAGUCAGAAGGAGAGAUUGACUGUUGCUGGCAAGGAGAUGUCUGGGGAAGAUUACCGUUAUCAGAUGGUGAAGACACUUUGUGAUAUGAAUUGGUCUGUUGAAACUGCAACAAGUCUCCUUCCAGUCUUUAGGGAUCUUGACUUGCCUAAAGAGGAGCUUCAGGAUGUUAUAUAUAAAGUUGAAGGAGUGCUGAAGAAAAUGGAUUAUCAGUCUGUACCACCCAUCAUUUACCAUCUGAUCCUUUUAGUAAAGAGCAAGCUUCCUGGUCGAAUCUUGCAGAUCAUCAUUGCAUAUUUUAACAAACAGGAACAGCAGCUGAUGAAGGAAAGGGCCAACAGAGAGGGCAAUGUCAACAGCAUGGAAUUAGAUUCUGAAACUAUAGAGGAAAGUAAGCACAGUGAUUUAACAGAAGCUCAGGGGACUGUCAUUUUACAUAUCACCCACCAGGCUCAGCAUUAUCCAGCGCUUGUUCGAGACUUCCUUAAAUUUAUUAAAUCUUCAAGCUGGUUAACAGAGAGAGUGAUAACACCCUUCAACUUGGCUCUAUCUCUCUCUUUGGCUUCUAUUGAGAAAUAUGAGGAUCAGAUCUUGGAGUCGCUGAAAUCUUGCAUUUUGAAAUAUUAUCGUCAAGAAGAGAGAAGCAGACAUUCUAAAUGGCUGAGAGAAGCGUGGGGAGAGACAUGUCAUAUUACAACUGCAUUCAAAGCUACGAUUGAGAACUGCAUUAUGGGUUGGGACCAGGUUAGCCAGGGUUUAGUGCACCUUGGUUUCAAACUUCUAGAAUCUGGUGGUACUUUAAAAGGAGAGACUUACUCUAGUCAGAAAGCAGUUUCUCUAGCAUCAGUGAUUUUGCCUCUUAUCCUGAAAAAGCAGCCACAUCUUGCAGCUGCAAUUUUAUCAAAGAUUUCAAAUUGUAUUGUAUCUGCAUCAUCUCCCAUACAGUACAUUGAAAUACUUGGAAAGCUGGCAAAGCUAUCACCUUUGGUUCUCUUGGAACAUUCUAAUCUUAUUCAAGAACAGUUGGAGUAUUUGGUGUUCCUACCUCUUUUGGCAGCUUCACAUCUUCUGCAGGCACUUCUGCCCCUUUUCAAGAUGAGUAUGGGACUGAAAGACUCUCUGAUGAUGAUUCUAAGAAAAAUGCUGUUCUCUAAACAAGUUGAGAGUCGUCAAGCAGCGGUAAAAGGAUUUAUGCAGUUUCUUCGCCACUUUCGUGUCAUGGGAACGCUUCCUUCUUCUCAGGCAUCCAUGUCCUUUUCGUCUUCACUGAGUGCAAUAAGCAUUAAUGCUGAUGUACACUCUGUGUUUAACAAUUCAACUAAUGAGGCGCUGUGCCUCGAACUUUUAGGCAUCCUAAGGAGGUGCUUUUCACAACAGCAUGAGGUAAAAUCAGUAUUAUAUUCUGGCAUGUAUGAUGUGUGUCGAUCCAAUCCAAAAAUGAUUGUAAGUAUUUUGGAGCUCUUGCACCACCAGAGUAAGCAGUACUUAGACACACGUCCAGUUGUCUUCAAUCCUAUUGAUUUAAGGAAAAUUGUUGUAGUUCAAGGAGAUUCUGUACAACUAGUUGAACCUAUGGGAGAUCUUUUGUCAAGUAUUGGUGCAUGUAAGUUGUAUCUUGAAAAGAAGAGAGCAGAAGGUGCUGAUGAAGAUGAUGAGGAGGAUGAAAGUGCUAUUAGUGUUCUCAAUGACAUUUGUUCUCUCUUUGAUCAUGUUAUUGAAAAACUUGCGGGAUGUGGUUUAGAUGACAUUGGUUUUGAUACUAAUGGAGAAUAUUUACCCUCAACAACUGUUGGAGAAAAAAACAUUGUUUGUGCCAAAGUAAUGCUAAGUGUUUUUGACAGCUUAAUUGAAUAUUCCUUCUGUCAGGGUGCAGCAACUUCUCAAGAAAGGAUGCAGACAGUUAUUUCGUUAUUCAGGUCCCAAAAGAAGAUUAUAGACCUGGUCAAAGAGAAGAGCAUCAAGCCUGCCAAAAAAGAUGGAAAAAAAGGUAAAGGACGUAAUCCCUGUAAGGCAUCAUUUAAUUUUAUAGGAAAUUUGAGAUUCUCUGUUACUGCAGAAAUGUUGAGAGCAUCUCUAAGUAAUGAUAAUGAAAAUGAUCCUGCAUGUGUUGAAAUGCUUAUGGGUUGCCAUGAUCUCCAAAUGUAUUUGUUGCAUGUCAUAGAGAACACACUGUCCUCAAUAAAAGCCAUGACCCUGUCUGAGAGAGAGAAGGUAUUACCUCAUCUGAAAAUAGUUGCCAAAGUCUUGCUUCAUGAUUGCUCUGAAAACAUUGCACCAGAAGACACGUCUGAUGAUCGGCAUAUACAAAGAGUACGGCAGUGUUUGCUUGUUCUGUCAUCACUUAUUAACAUAUUUUGUAAGUAUUAUGAGAGUAAAUUAGAAGCUAUACUGAAGGAAGUUAAUGACAGAACUGAUAAUGUAGAUGUCAAUCGUCUCCUAUACAAAAUUUAUAAAAAGUGUCAGAAGAUGAUAUUGAAAAUUUUGCAUCAUGAAGACAAUGCUCCACUUCUGAAAGAUGCUUGUACAGUUCUCCAGAUUAUGUUGACGGUGAGUCAUCACAUGGAACCCAACUCUGAGGAAAUUAUAGAAGCACAGAGUUGGAUCCUACAACUGUGUAAGGAUCAGGAACUUGAGCAUGGCUCAGUUGCAGAGCCAAUUGUUAAUUUACUUUUAUAUCUUAGUGACCAGCUCAAAGCUAAUCACACACUUGCUCGCAGCAUUAGUAGAGAGCUACAUCAUAAGUUAGGUCAUCUGGAGGAGGGUGUAAGUGUGGAAGAAAUUGGAAAAUUCAAAAUAGUAACAGAAGGGUCAUCAUCAUCUAUUUUGUUAAUCUUACUAAAUUAUGUGGACGAUUCACUUAGUCUUGUAGAGUUGCUUAUCAGUAAAAUCAGAGCCUGUUUAGCAACGGAAGAAGAAUGUAAUGCAGAUGAAGUGGAGAAAUCCAUUUGUUCAAAAUUCACUGUUUCCAUUCAUGCAGUACAUGAAGUUAUCCAGUCAGCACUUCCCUUAGGGACAAGCACUGAUAACACUUUGAAAGUUGUUACCAAACUGUAUAAUGGUUUGUCUCUGUAUGUCAAGUACUAUCUUGAAUUGUACAAAUCAAAGAGUUAUCCACAGAUUUCUGACAAGUUUGAAAGACUUGUUCUGACAUCUGGGGAGAUGCUAUCUACGCCAAUAUAUUCAACAAUUACCUAUAUUGAGGGAGCACAGAAACAAGCUGGAAAGAAGAAAGAAGUAUUAAUAUCAAGAACAAUGAAGGAGUCCAAACUAAUUCCUUCUCUGAUUUAUGCAAUUGAACAAUAUGAGAAAAACUUAAUUACACUUUCACGAAAAUCAAAAGUCAAUCUGAUGGAAGGAAUGAAGCUGAGCACUUCAAGAGACUUCAGGAUUAUGACAUCAGCAUUGGCAGAAGCUUUACAGAAUACAAGUAGAAAUGAAAAUGAUGAAGAGGAAGAUGAAGCAGGUGUAGGGGAGGCUGAGGAAGAAAAUAUUCAUGAAGAGAAUGGGGACCAAGACGCAGAAAAUAGGUAUAGUGGUACUUCAGUUGGGGGAAAAGUUAAAGAAGAAGCUUCAAAAGGAAUUAAGGGUAAAGGUCAAGGCCCUGUUAAAAAGACUUCUAAACGGAAGGAAGUUGGAGAUGAAAAUGACAGCAACUCACAGAACAGAUUGAGUACUCCACCUCCCAAAAAACCAAAGGUAAAUAAAUCAAAACUUGGUAAGAAAAGAUGAAUAAGGGAUUUAUUCUUUGUAAGAGAUAAACCUGCUACAAUAUUCUACUCAUGAAUGACUGAAUACUUAGUCUACAGUGCUUCAUAUGUUCACUCUGUGGAAGUGUUAUGCAGUCAUUUUUUGUUUCUUUUUAGUCAUCUAGCGAGAAAAAAUGGAAGGCCUUUGUCAGUAGGUAAUGUGUGCCUUUUCAUCUACUAAAGACAAGAUGAAAUUUGGUUGGGAGGUUUUAUUGUUGUGGUGUUUAGAAGAAUUUAAGUUAUAUUAGUUAAGAAGGCAGAUAAUAUUGAAAUCUUGUUAAGGUAACAUUCUCUGUAUGAGAUUUACAUAAACUGAUGGGGAAUUUUUGCACUUCACUUUUUUGUGCUUCACUUUAUUGCAGAGUUUUGUGGCACUUUAUCACAGAGUUUUGUGGCACAUGUUCACUUUUAUGCGGGAACUUUCACCAAUUUGUGAAUUUUUCUUUGGACUGUAUAUCUAAAAUUAUGAUUAAUUUGCCCCCGCCCCCCAAUAGAGCAACACUAUGUAUUCACUAGUUAUAAGAAUUUUGAUUUAAGGGGUACAGGGUAUUUGGCAUUUGUAAGCAUUUUAAAGGGGGAUUUUGCAUUUUUGCACAUUUUUGCAGAUUUUGCAUUUCCUCAGUAGGUUCUGGAACCUAUCCUUGUGAAAAGUGGGGAAGUACUGUAUUUCAGGUUUCAUCUACAAUUUUGCCAUACAUCAGAUUGUAACUUGUAUUACAAUGUCAGAAUAUUUGUUAAUGAUAUUGCAUUUUAUUAAAUCAUUUAGCAAGUUAUCUAAUGCUCAAAAAGAGUAUAAGAAAGCCUGCAAAAUCAUGUUUGCCUGCGUUUCUACAUGUUCAGUUUUGACUUGAAGAGGCAUUGUAUGUCAUAUAUAAUUACAGUCUUUAAUGAAGAAUUUUUGUUUUAUAUAAAGAUGUUUGAAGUUCCAGAUGAUUUUUGUGGGACUAGAAUUUUUAUUAAAAUUGUUAUGUGAUUCACAUAUUUUCAUUACAGAACUUAAUUGACAAAAUAUAUGAGAUUGAGAAAAGAGAGUUUAAAAAUUUUUCAGUAGAAAGAAAAUUGUAUUGGAGUUGUAUUUGUUUUAUGUAAUUGACUUAUUGAUUCUUUCUAUGAUUAUAAUUUUUUUGUCUCAUGGAGGUACUUCAGUCAUUUCUCACUGGGUAACAGAAAAUGACUUUGUUCAUAAAAUCAGAAUAGGAAUUGCUUUUCAUGUGAGUAUGCUCAGUAACGGACACUUUGUAAAUGUGCUCAAUAGCAGGAGCAUACUCAUGUUUGUCAAACUUUGGUGGUCUUUAAGAAUUGAUUGCCGUAAUACAUCUGUCACUACAGAAAUGGAGAUCAGGUACAUUCUGUGGGAUUAGUGCCUAUGUAUCUUUUUAGAUCUUAUUUUGUGUUUAUAAGGUUUGCAUAUUUGUUGAUGGGAAUUGACUGCAUAGUAUAUCGUGUCUUAUGGACACACUGUUGAAAGUACUAAAUGUUUUUUCAGUGUUCCUUCAACCCCAGCUGCGUUGCUGUCCUCCUUUUUAAGUGUGUUUUUUUUUAUUUUUUUUUUAUUUAUUCUCUUUGUGCUCAUCUUACUUAUUGGUCCAACAACUUGUGGUCAUCCAUAGCAUUAUGGUUGAACUAUUUUGAGACUAAUAGUAACUUGAACAUUGCUUUAUAUAAUUAGUAUUUGAUUCACUUUGUCUGUGAAAUUGAUUGACAGAUGUGCAAGAUUACUGUUUAUUUUUACUGUGGCAGAAGGGAAUGCUUUAUAACUGAUGUAUUUUCAUUUUUUUAAAUAGAUGAAGACUUUACAUACAGAAAGUUUGAGGAUGUUGGAUAAAAAUACAUGUGAAGGAAGCCUUCAAGAGAAUUUAUUUUUCUAAUAAAGUUUCAUAGUUUA